GCAGGCUGGGCUGCACCGCAGCGCAUACACUACAAUGGCUGCUGGCAGGACGGGAAAGCAAACAAUUCGCAGGCCCGCCGCGUCCAGCCCGAGCGAUGGGGGGGAGAGCGCAGGGGAGCCGCGCAGCGCCGUGAGGGGCGGCCGCGGGGCGCGGAGGGGAUGCUGAGGCGCCCGCGCUUCUCUCGAAGUUGCAUUGGCUUUACUCUGUGACAUCUCAGAAUGCAUCAUUCUAUGAUUUCCCACCUACUAAUGGAGCCCUACUGGAAUGUGGAACAGGUCUUUAGGACUUCAGCUCAUAGGGUCACUUGAUACAAUCAUCCAACCUCAGAGCUGCAGCAGCAAUAGCAAUGGCCAUCUUGAAUAAAUACCAGUAAAAAUGGGAAGUACUGGAUUCUGGUUUCCUUCAAGAAGAGUCAGCGGAACUGGUUAAGACCAAAAUCUGAGGACUUUAGUGGGCAACCAUCAGGUGUGCAUUGAAAAGAGGCUACCGUAACUCUAUUUGAAUCCCCUUUUGCUUUCUUUUACGACCACAUGAAACUUGAGAAGCCAUCUAAAGCUAAAUCAUUUAGUGGAGUUGGGCAGUUCCCAAGUGUCCAACAAGAAGGCCUGGUUUAGGCUGCGAUGGCCACUGUCAUUCCUGGUGAUUUGUCAGAAGUAAGAGAUACCCAGAAAGUCCCUUCAGGGAGACGUAAGCGUGGUGAAACCAAACCAAGAAAAAACUUUCCUUGCCAACUGUGUGACAAGGCCUUUAACAGUGUUGAGAAAUUAAAGGUUCACUCAUACUCUCACACAGGAGAGAGGCCCUACAAGUGCACACAACAAGACUGCACCAAGGCCUUUGUUUCUAAGUACAAAUUACUAAGGCAUAUGGCUACUCAUUCUCCUGAGAAAACCCACAAGUGUAAUUAUUGUGAGAAAAUGUUUCACCGAAAAGAUCACCUAAAGAAUCACCUACAUACACACAAUCCCAACAAAGAGGCCUUUAAGUGUGAAGAAUGUGGAAAGAACUACAAUACCAAGCUUGGAUUUAAACGUCACCUGGCCUUGCAUGCUGCAACAAGUGGUGACCUCACCUGUAAGGUAUGCUUGCAGACUUUUGAAAGCACGGGAGUGCUGCUGGAGCACCUAAAAACUCAUGCAGGCAAGUCAUCGGGUGGCGUGAAGGAAAAAAAGCACCAGUGUGAACACUGUGAUCGUCGGUUCUACACCCGAAAGGAUGUCCGUAGACACAUGGUAGUGCACACUGGAAGAAAGGACUUCCUCUGUCAGUAUUGUGCACAGAGAUUUGGGCGGAAGGAUCAUCUAACACGCCAUAUGAAGAAGAGUCACAACCAAGAGCUUUUGAAGGUCAAAACAGAGCCAAUGGACCUUCUAGAUCCCUUUACCUGCAAUGUUUCUGUGCCUAUAAAGGACGAGCUGCUUCCAGUGAUGUCUUUACCUUCCAGUGACCUGACAUCAAAGCCAUUUACAAACACUUUGCAAUUGAAUCUCUACAACACUCAAAUUCAGUCCAUGCAGAGUUCUGCGUCUGCACACCAAAUGGUUGCCACGUCGUUACCCUUGGGAAUGCCUUGUCCAAUAGAUAUGGAGUCUGUCCACUCUUCUCACCAGCUAUCUUUGAAAUACCCACUCAGUUCUACCUCAUAUGCAAUUUCUAUGCCAGAAAAAGAACAGCCAUUGAAAGGAGAAAUUGAAAGUUACUUAAUGGAGUUGCAAAGUGGUAUGCCUUCUUCAUCCCAGGAUUCUCAAGCCUCUUCAUCUAAAUUAGGGUUGGAUCCUCAAGUAGGACCACUAGAUGAUGGAUCUGGGGAGGUUUCCCUUUCCAAAAACUCUGUUUCUAUUAGUGAACCUCUAAGCACCCCAUCAUUGGACUUUUCUCAGUUGUUCAACUUUGUACCAGUAAACGGCCCUCCCUAUAACCCAUCUGUUUCCGUGGGGAACCUUGGAAUGAGCUAUACACAGGAGGAGGCACAUUCUUCUAUGACUCAACUUCCACCACAAACACAGGAUCCUCAGGAUCCUAGCAAUAGUAUAGGUCUUGGAUCUCUGCACUCAUUGUCAGCAGCUUUCGCAAGCAGUUUAAGCACAACCACCACCCUACCACGUUUUCAUCAAGCUUUCCAAUAGGAUGUACAAAGCUGGCUUAUUUUACUGUCUAUUUGUAGAAAUGCCUUAGGUGACCAUUUUUAACUUAGUGCCUACUAUAAGAUAUUAUAAAUCUGCUUUUGUACAGUACCAAUCUCAUGAAGCCAGUAAGAAAUUUAAAUUAACUUUUAAAAAAUAUUUUGAAAGUGUUUAUUCUCAACUGUGUUUACUUUGGUUUUUAUAAAGUCUCAAUGUAUUGUUUUCAUUUUCACUGCCAAUUGACACACACUUUAAAAAUCAGUAGAAAACCAUCCCUACUAAGCUUUGACAUGCAUCCCUUGUUUAAAACUUUUCUCAGAGAUAUCAGUCAUUACUUUUUCUCAAUUAAAUGGUAGGUCUACCAUUUUAUGUGUUGUGAAUUUUAAAAUUUGCAAAGAGUCUAGUUUUCGCAUUUUAUACAAAUUCCUUAAAAUCCUUUAAAAAAAAUCCUAAAUGGUGGGAUCUGAUCAAGUCCAUAAUCUGAAAUCAGAAGUUUUAAAUUAUUUAAAAUUCACAUUGGACACAUGUACAUAUUAUUCACUUUUGUUUCACAGGUACAAAAUUUUAAGAGCUCGGCAUUUUCUGGCUUAAAUUGUAGUGUGUACCAAAAUUGGAUAGGAAGAAAUCUAGCUUAAAUACUAAAAUUAUGAUGCAACAGAAUGAAAAAAAUAAAUUGCUUGCCUGAUUGUCAGAUAUUUUAGGUCAAAAUUGGAACUGUGGUGUGCUUUAAUGACUCUAGUUGGAUGGGAAGAGGCAAAAAUAACAGCUGACCUUGAAAUGCAAAAGGGUUCUAAUUUAAUCAUGCAAAAUAUUUUGUCACCAUUUUUUCUUUAAUUUUUAACUUGCUGGGAGAUUUUUUAGUACUAUCGAAAGAGUACCACAUAGAAAUCUUUAGAUUUUAUAUUCACUUCUGUAUGCUUCAGUCUUUCCCAGCUGCCACAGCCAAAGGGUGGGUCAAGUCCAGCCAGAUGUUUUAUAUUCAUUGUCAGUUCAAUGUUAGUCUGCAGUUAAGGAGUGAAUAUAAAUUUGCAAAUAUCAUUUUUUUUCCUUAUAGCAGAGUGGAUCUUUCCAGCUGUGUUCCAUGGUGUCUUAUGUCCUCCUAAGCAACAUGUUAGAUGUUAAUCACACUUACUACACCUGAGUACUUGGUUAGGGAUGUUUUGCCCAUUGCCAAGGUUUAAAGACAGGACUCUUAGGAGUGAAGUAAAAGCAUAUUGCUUACACCACUUUUACCUAAUACAAUAUACUUCCCCAACCCCUGAUAACCAAAAGAGAAAAAAAAACUGUGAUAUGUUAAAGCAAGUUAGAUUUGCUUUUAACUCAGUGCUAACGUUCUUUUUCCUUGUCAUUUUUAGACAAGGAAUUAAAAAAUAAAAAUGAAAUACAUUAGUAUCCCUCUAACAAUAGUGAGGAUGUAUACAAGGUUUUAAGUGGUUAAAAUAGAUAUACUUCACAGAAACAAAAGUUGCUCCCAUUUAUGGAGCUUUUGCUCCCGAUAUUUUAUCAUUAGCUCCUACAUUUUUUUUUAUUCUAGGAGCAAUAUGCAGGUGUAGUUUUACUAUUUUAUACAUAUAUGUAUUUAAAUUUUAAUACUGAAAGAUAAUGUUUUUAUAAAAUGUUUGUGUUCCAAAGGCAUUAAAAUAAGGAUGUAUUAAUAAGAAAAAUACCUUUCCAAAUUCUGCAAACUACUCCCAGAUGUUGGGUUUAGGAGCAUAUUAUCUUAAAGUGGACUUUUAGCUCUGCUUCAUGACUGCUUCCUUUGGUUUCUAUGAAACAGAUUGCUUGCUUACAUCUUUAGUUGAAUGAUUUGUUCAAUAUUGCUUUUUCCCCCCCACCAUGUUAAAGAAAGGAAAACGUUGCAAAUGAACAGAGCACAAAAUAAACGAACAGAAUGUAGUACUAGUUUAAAUCAGCAACCAUAUGAUAAAAAGCAAGUAGAAAGAAAUCGCUCUAUUGUAGAUCUUGUUUAACGAGUCUGAGCUGAAGAUAAAUGGAUUGUAUUACUGUAACGGGCCAUAUCCUGAGAGGAACUCAAGCAUCUUCCACUCCCAUUAAAGUAAAUGAAAGUUUGGCAACUCAACACCUCACAGAAUCAACCCCUUCAGAUACCACAUUUAUCAGUCAACAAAGGCAAUUGCAGAACUAAUGGAUAAUGUAAUGUAGUUGUGUUUUGGCAGUAUAUGAAAAAUUAGUAUGUAUAACUGUAUUACUAAAAUCCAAACCAUAGUGAAUUGCUAGGUUUGGUUGAGGGGGAAGUCACUUCUAAAAUAUUGCAAAUUAGUUUGAUCUUAACUGCCAGGUCAGAAUACACUGACAGACUGUCACCACGUUGCUUAAGGUAUUCACAUGGUGUAUCUAGCAUGUAGGAAAAGACAGUGCCAUCUGUUUAUCAGUUUUAGUUGCUGAUUAGACUUGAUUAAAAAAAAAUGUUGCCAACACCCAUUUUCUUAGUACAUAGUCAGAAUCUUUACUACUUGAGGUAGUGCCUUAGCUUUGUAAAAAGGGAUUGACAUUUCACUUCAGAGUUAACAUACAUUGCUUAAGAAACAGGGACCUCAGACAAGAUAUUGAACCUCAUUCAGUCAGGGUUUCGGUUGGUGGCUACAUUAUGUAUGUUUUGCCACUGAACUAGGAUAUAUGAAUAUUUGGAAGCAGGUUGACACUGUAAGCAACAGUAACACAUUAGUGCUUUGGAAUAUUAUCUAGGCAGAGUUAUUGGCCACUAUUAAAAUGUCAGUUUUUAAAACCCUAUUUUCUAGUUAUUGAGUUGAUGUUUUAGGGGUGUCCUGGCUGAUCAUGCACCACUCUUUGUGCAACUUUUAAACUUUUAGUAAGGUUCUUUUUAAAAAAAAAAAAAUAUAUAUAUAUAUAUAUAUAUUUUUGUGUACUUGUUGCUUGUGCUUUAUUUAGUAGUAAAUUGUGGAAUAGAGUGAUUUAUUGUUAAUUGGCAGUAGCGGUUUUUAAAAACCAUAUACUGACUGAAACAUGAGCCAGAGCUGAUUGCUUUAUUAAGCUAAUAAUGAAUGUUAAGAGUACAUAUUUUCAGGAUCAUUUGCCUAAUGAGCUAUACAUGUAUUAUAGGCCAAUAUUUUUAAAAAUAAAGCUUGGUCAAACUCUAUGUUACACAUAUUACAAGAUAUAGCACUUUCAAAAGGAAAACCUAAACCUUUUAAGAAAAUUUCUUACAGGUUAUGCUUUUUAUUAUAAAACCUUUUAUUAUAAUUUGUUUCAAGUGCCAUUAGAUUACAUAUAUGUAGGCCUUUGGUAUAAUGCUUUGUGUACAAAAUGGUAGACGUAAUUUUAAACAGGUACAUUUUUACAGUGUUUUCUUAUCAAUUUGCUAUAUUGCACAGAACCAGCGUGUCUUUCUUAAGGGUUUUACAAUGGUUUUUGGUUUUUUUAAACUAGGUUUACAUGUUUCAAACUACACUGUCUUCUACUGCCAUUUUGGAUACCAGUCCAAAAAUAUUAGGAGUUUUUUCUCGCAAAUAGUAAACUGUGUACUUUGGAGUUUUGGAUGGUAAACUAUUGCAAAAAAAAUUUAACAUGAAGUAUUUGACACGCUUAUAAUACCCUAUCAUAGCUAUGCUGCUGUCUGAAAAUAACACAAGGCCUGAUCUUGCACCCAUUUGGGUCAAGGGGAGCAGGAUGGCACCAUUAGUUACGUCUGUCUCAUACACUGGUUUAGCAGCUCAUCCUGUAUACUUCUCAGUCUAUAAAAAGCCUAUGACACGUACUGAUCUGCUAUAAAAUGAACUGUAUAGACCCAGCUGCCCAUCCUGUAUCUUCCUAGUGUACAGUUAAAAUCACCAUCUAUUUAGCAUUACAAGAAGAAGAAUAUAAAAUAAUACCAGAAUAGUUCAAAAGUAUGUUUGGAAAUUGCUAAAGUCCUUAUAUAAUAAAGGGUGUCUUAUUUGUUGGAAGGCAGUGUCUUUUGAUAACAGUUAUCUAGCCCUGGAAGUGACACAGAACUAUUGCUAAUCAUAUGUAAACACUUUUUCAGUAUAAGCUUCAGUGGUACAGUUGAACCAGAAUGAAUGUUUAUCUUCUCAGAAACACUCCUGCAAUAUUGUUAUAUUGGAUCAUGCUGCUAAUGUAACUUGGGAUACAACUCCUCUCAUGGUGCUACAAACCUCCCUGUCUCAUUCAGAUGUAUUUUUACCCAUAGAAAAAGGACUAUAUUAGACCUAUAGGUGUAUGAUAUAUUUUUAUACUGUGACUUAAUUUGUCAUUAAUGAACUUUGUACAACACCACAAUGUAUUCAUAUGCACUUGCAAAAGUAAAAUCUUGGACAUGCAAAUUUAAACACAAACAAGCCCGGCUUUUGUUCAAAAACUAGAACAUGACUGUUAGUUAAUGAAAUGUGGGCUUUUUAUAUGGUGUGGAGUGAAGAACAUACUAUGUUACUAAAAGCCCUUUGUACUUAGACAAGAACUGGGAAAAUAUAUUGGGGAAUGGAUGACACACUCAUACCCAACUUGGAUUGCUGAAAUUAUAUUUUUAGCUAGUGAAAAAAAUGUUUGGACUUGUAUGCUAAAAUGUUUUAAUGAUAAAAGAUUUGAGUCAAAAAUAGAAAGGAAAAAAAAAACUGCAUUCCAGACAGAAUUUGUAUAUGUUUCUUGCAUUUAAAAUUGCUAUCCUGUGAUAUGGGAAAUUGAGUUGCUUAUCAUGUAUAUGUACUUUAAAAUGUAUUCACAAACUACUGUUGUAUUUGUAUAAAAUAUAGACAAAAAGAUUGCAUAUAUAUUUUUGUGUAUAAGCUCUGUAAAAUAGCAAUCACAUUAUGAAGCUGCAGCAGAACUUCAUUUUAAACAUUCACAUCCAAAGAAACAGACUAUUUAUUGUCCACAUACCCUGACUAUAAAAUAUACCUUGCUGCUAUUAAACAAUAGUGCUGCAGCUUCUCAUGGCCUACAGUGUUAUGUUUGCUGUACAAAAAUAUGUGAACUCCACAAAAUAUAUCAAUAAAAUUACAGAAUGGUUUUAGUUAAAGUAUAA